CCUCAGCAGUCGCGACUGAAACGUCGUCAACAUCAGAGUACCAUACGUCGGACUGAUUUUCGAAUUAAAGUGCUAUUUGUUACUUGACAGCAGCAAGAUGGCCAUCGUAUUUUGGACUUUAGUUGCCGGAAUGUUUGUUGCCCUGUAUAUUUUUUUAACAAGAAAUUUUAAAUACUGGCAAAAGCGAGGUGUUCCAUGCGCGUCUGGAGCUCUGCCUGGCGUAGGUCAUAUGUUAUCGGUAGUGUGCUUCAAGAUUUCAUACGCCGAUCGCUUUCGUCAGAUGUACAAGGAAAACAAGAAUUCCAGCAUGGUCGGUUUCUAUAAUUUUUCGUCGCCAGCCUUGAUGGUUAUCGAACCGGAAUUAGUGAAGACAGUGUUGCAGACUAAUUUUGCGAGCUUCCAAGAGAAUGCAAUUCAUAUCGAUCCGGAUUUGAAUCCUCUCGUGGCGAAUAAUCCUUUCUUGACGACUGGGGAGAAAUGGAUGAGCGGAAGGAAACGUUUGACCUAUGCGUUCUCCAGCAUGCGACUGAAGGUAUUGUUGGAGAGUGUUAAAUCGGUAUGCGUAAUAUUCGAGAGCUUCGUGGACAGGAAAUUGGAUAAAAUGGAGAGAGCGGAAUUUGAGCUACAGGACUUGUUCUCCAGAUAUACCGCGCAGGUGGUGGCGAGCGCGGGUUUCGGCGUAGACGGACACUGUUUCGACAAGGAAGAGAGCAGCGCGUCCUUCAGAAAUAUCGCCAAGAAAGUUUUAGAGCCAUCUACUCGAAACGCGAUUUUGUUCACCAUCAUUACACUUUUUCCUGGUUUGAACAGAAUUUUCAGGAUGAGUUUCAUUCCGAAAGAAGUCGAUCGUUUCUUCCGAAAACUGGUUUCGGAUGUCAUGCAGAAAAGGAGAACGGAAGAUAUAUCCAGGAAUGAUUUUCUCCAGUUGAUGGUCGAACUGGAACGAAUGGAGGGCGACAAGUUUGACAUAGGAGUGCUCGCGUCUCAUGCCACAUCGUUUAUAAUCGACGGCUAUGACACCUCCAGCAGAGCUUUGAGUUUCAUUGGCUUUCAAUUAGCCACUCAUCCGGAAGUGCAGCAGAAGUUACGUAAAGAGGUGGUGUCUGUACUCUCUAAAUACGACGGCGUUCUCACGUACGAGGCCUUGAAGGAAAUGACGUACAUGGAUCAAGUGAUAAACGAGUCGCAGAGAAUUAUGCCUAUGGGGGAAGUGCUGUUUAAACUUUGUACGGCGAAAUGCGAGCUGAAAGGAUCCGAUGGUCUCGUUUGCUCUGUAGAACCCGGCAUGACAAUUAUGGUACCCGUUAUCGCACUGCAAGAAGAUCCUCGGUAUUGGGACAAGCCCGAAAUAUUUGAUCCUGAAAGAUUCAGCCCGGACAGGAAACACAAUAUCGAGAGAUUCACCUUUUUACCCUUCGGCGAAGGACCUCGGAUCUGCGUCGGGAUGAGGAUGGCUCUAUUGCAAAUGAAAGCGUGUCUUGCUGUGCUCUUAAAAAAGUACAGUCUGGAGCUUUCACCCAGGACACAGAUACCCUUGAAGAUGAUCCCCGGAACUUUCUUGCCAACACCGGAGGGCGGUCUAUGGGUAUUCAUUCGACAACUCUAAUUGCGAGAUUUUUCUUUAUGAUUCGUCGAUAUCAGAUAUUUCCUAAUUCCAACAGCAAAAUAUACGUUUUAAAAUAUAUAGAAAAUACUUCAAGAAAAUAAGUUUGCAUAUAUUGUAUUAAUAAAGAAACACGUGUAUUUUGCGAUAUUAUAAGAUUUUUUAAGAAUUAAAACGUCAAACGAGUUAGCGGUAGAAUAUAAAUGAAGUGAUGUUUCCGAACUAUUAAACCAAAUAAUCUUAACAGUUUAUAAUACACAAAUCUGUAAUACACAAUAACUUUUUGACAUAAUAAAUAAUUAUAUUACCCUUGAAGAUAA